GACCCAGCACAGUCCUCAGGUUUUCACCCGUCAGCAUCCGUUGUCGCCGUGGGGACGCUGACCGGCAGGUGGUUCGUGUUUGACACAGAAACAAAGGACUUGGUCACCGUACACACAGAUGGGAACGAGCAGCUGUCUGUGAUGCGUUACUCACCAGAUGGAAACUUCUUGGCAAUAGGUUCCCAUGACAACUGUAUUUAUAUAUAUGGCGUAAGUGAAAACGGAAGAAAAUACACUAGAAUUGGCAAGUGUUCGGGUCAUUCCAGCUUCAUUACUCAUCUGGAUUGGUCUGUUAACUCACAAUAUCUCGUGUCUAAUUCAGGAGACUACGAAAUCUUGUACUGGAUCCCCUCUGCUUGUAAACAAGUUGUGAGCGUUGAAACAACCAGAGAUAUAGAAUGGGCCACUUACACCUGUACUUUGGGUUUCCAUGUUUUUGGUGUAUGGCCUGAAGGCUCCGAUGGAACAGAUAUCAACGCUGUCUGUCGAUCCCAUGGGAGAAAGCUGCUCUCGACAGGGGAUGAUUUUGGCAAAGUGCAUCUCUUCUCAUAUCCGUGUUCACAGUUUAGGGCUCCCAGCCACGUGUACGGUGGCCACAGUAGUCACGUAACCAAUGUAGAUUUUCUCUGCGAAGACACCCAUCUCAUCUCCACGGGCGGAAAAGACACGAGUAUCAUGCAGUGGCGCGUCAUUUAGAGGAGCCACCGGCAUGAGCGUACGCAGUUGAAUCAACCAUGCACAGAACUUCUGUAUAAACUGUAUAUUUAAAACUUAACAGUAUGGUUGCAGUUUAGCCUGGUCACUGUGAUUUCUUUUGUUUAAAAAAAAUUCUGACAAACCUCAGGAAAAUGAAGCCCUGUGCUGGUUACCUUACUCAGUCUGGUGAUUUCAUUUGGUUUUCGUUGUGUCACACCUUAAGAAUGAUCAUUUUCUGGUGUCCGAUAUACAAUGCAGUACAAGUUGAAUAUACGAAACGUGGCUUGACAGUUUGC